AUGGCCGCCCCUCGAGUGAUCGACAUCCGUUCUCGUCACUCCCAAGACUCACUCGCCGACCAGGUCCUGAAUGGCCUCAGCAACGACCCCAAAACGCUGCCUGCGCAGCUCUUCUACACAAACAAAGGACUCGAGUACUGGAAUCACCACUCUCGCCAGCCCGACUUUUAUCCUCGACAGGAGGAGAUUCGGAUCCUCCAGGAAAAGGGGCAUGACAUGGCACGGUCUAUCGCGCCCAACAGCGUCAUAUUGGAUCUGGGCAGCGCAAACCUCGAGAAGGUGACGUACCUGCUCGAAGCGCUGGAGGCCCAACAGAAACCCGCGGCCUACUUUGCGCUCGAUCUCAGCGCUUCCCAGCUCGCCUCGACGCUCAGUUCCAUUCCGGCACACAGGUUUCGUCACGUCCGGCUCACAGGGCUGCAUGGCACGUUCGAAGACGGCCUGCGUUGGAUCAGCCAUACGCCCGAGAUUUGCGACCUGCCGCACUGCGUGCUGCUACUCGGACUCACGAUUGGCAACUUCUCACGAGCAAAUGCCGCUGCCUUCUUGAGCGACAUAGCCCAGCGCGCGCUGCAGGGGCAGUCGAGUGCUCAGAGCUCCAUCUUCAUGAGCCUGGACAGCUGCAAGGUGCCGACUCGGAUACUGAGGGCAUACACAAGCGACGGAGUCGUGCCCUUUGCUCUGCAGGCUCUGACCCAUGCCAAGACGCUUUUCCAAGCCAAGUGCCAGGACCGAGUCAACGGCGCGCAUUCAUAUUGCAACUUGGACCCGGACGACUGGUAUUAUCUCAGCCAGUGGAACUUUGGGCUCGGGCGGCACGAGGCGUCGCUGAUUCCGCGCUCCAAGGACGUCCAGCUGGGCCCCUUGCUCAAUGACAUGGUCGUCCGGAAAGACGAAAAGGUUCGCUUUGGGUGUAGUUACAAAUACGACGCCUCGGAGCGGCAUCACCUAUUCGCAGGUGCUGGGUUAAAGCUCGAGGCGACUUGGACGACUGACGAGUGCCAUGUGGCAAUUUAUGACUUGAAACUAAGCUGA